GAAGAAAAACAAGACCUAUCUUUCACCCCCGGCUACAAGAAUCCCUCCGGGGUGUCUCACUGUACUCUGCCCUCCCUGAAGUGUCACGUCAGGGACUCGCCCCGGUGUGACCCUGCGGUUCGAUCGUGCCGGGUUGGGUGGAGAAGCAGCCUUGUUCCUGCAUUCCCAUGGGUGACCACUGCUUUCCUGUACUCCCCUAGCUGCUGAAGCAACCAGGAUUUGGUGAUGGAGGCUUUGCUGGAAGGAAUGCAGAGAAAUGAGCAGGGGAGCGGCGGGUUCCUGACCUCCUGCGAGGCCGAGCUGCAGGAGCUGAUGAAGCAGAUUGACAUCAUGGUGGCUCACAAGAAAUCCGAGUGGGAAGGGCAGACACAGGCUCUGGAAGCUUGCCUGAGUGCUCGGGAGAAGGAGCUUUCCUCUGCCAGGGCUGCUCUGCAGGAAAAACAGAAGGAGGUUGGCCUGUUGCGGCGCCAGGUCGAAGAGGUGGAAAAAUCCAAGCAGGACAUGGCUAGAGAGUAUGAACAACAGCUGAAGACGUUCCAAGAGGAGUUGUCCCGGCUGAGGAGGAGCUAUGAGAAGCUGCAGAAGAAAAAAGCAAGAGGAGGCAGAGGGGAUGCUAACAAGGGACAAGAAGGAGAUGAGUUUGAAUUGAGCAGACUGACCAGGAAGCUGGAGGAGUUCCGACAGAAAUCGCUCGAGUGGGAGAAGCAGCGCCUGCGGUACCAGCAGCAGGUGGCAUCGCUGGAGGCUCAGCGCAAGGCUCUGGCAGAGCACUCCGAGCUCGUGCAGACCCAGCUUGCCAAUCGGAAGCAGAUCCUGGACUCGGUGGAGCUGGCCAGCCGCUCGGAAAUCCAGCACUUAACCAGCAAGCUGGAGAGGGCCAAUGACACCAUCAGUGCCAACGAGCUGGAGGUGGAGAGGCUGAACAUGAGAGUGGAUGACCUGAGCGAGAACAACCGCCAGAUUCUGGCAGAUCAGCAGAGAGUGCAAGAGGAAUUAAGGCAGUCCAAGAAAAUGGUAGAGGUGCUGCAGGAUGAGAAGAGGGAACUGAAAGCCACCUUGCAGUCUCAAGAGGAUUUCAUUGACAACUCCAAGCUGCAGCAGGAACAGUUACAGAAAGAGCUGGCCAGGAUGACUGAAACUCUUCACACAAAGGAAUUCCUCAUCAGGGCCCUGGAGGAACGCUUGCAAGGGAAGCAGUUGUCCUCUCCAGAGCUGGAGCAUGUGCUGCUGCAGCUGGAUGCUGCCCAGAAGAAGGAACAGCACUUGCAGUCGGAGGUGACUCGUCUGGAGAACAGCCUGGUGUCUUCAAAUGCCAGGUGUGUGCAGCUGAGGGAGGAGCUGGGUGAGAAUAUCAAAGAGCUGCAGUCCAUGGUAGACCACCAGACUGAGUCAAAGGCGGAGAUUAAAAAGCUGAAAGAGCAGCUCUCUCAUGCUGAACAAACACACAGCAGUGAGCUGGAAGGGAUGAAAAGGGAGAUCUCCAGGCUGACACAGGAGCUGCACCAGCGGGACAUCACCAUUGCAUCGGCAAGUGACUCCACGUCAGACCUGGAACAGCAGCUGAGGGCGGAGGUUGAAAGAGCAGAGAGGAAAGCAGUGGAGCACAGGGUAGUUCUGGUCCAGCUGGAAACCUUGAGGUUGGAAAACCGUCAUCUCUCAGAGAAGCUGGAAAAAACCAAGUGUGGUGUGCUGGAGGGAAAAGAUGUGACCCUGAGAGCCCUCAGGGAAGACUGUGCUGUCGAGCUGCACAAGCUGAAGUCUGAGAACCAGCAGCUGCGGAAGGACCUCGCGGAGACCAGGGCGAAGCUGGAGGUCAGUGCGCGGCUCUGCCCGGAUGAACCUCAGGGCACUGCCCAGCAGGAGCCAGGCAAAGAGCCCCAGGCCAGGGCUGUGCAGCACAGGACAGCUCGGAAAGCACAGCACAUGCAGGAUGAACAAGCAGCCAGGAUACAUCUCCAGCCUGAUGGGACUGCUCAGCAUCAUCGUGGGGAGCCCCAGAAAGGUGGGGCUGCUGAAACCGGACCUGUGCUCCCCGAGAUGGGUGAGCCACCCUCCCAGACCAGCAGGAAGAACUGCCAGGAGUCACCUGCCUUGCUGGGAGCAGAGCCUUUGCUCCAUGUGGUGGAUGGAAACAAAGAUUUUGCAGAUGAAGCAUCCAAGCAGCCUGUCUCGAAUCAUCAGAGAGAAUCUGUGCCUUUGUGCCCCUUGCCUACAGCUUCUGUUGGAUCAAUAGCUGCAAGAUACCUGGAAGAGGAAGAAGUGAGAUCCCAGCACAUCCUGGAAUGUCUGAACGCUCACAUUGAGGAGCUGAAAAAAGAGAGUGCAAAGAUAGUGAGACGGUUUGAACACCAGGAGUGAUGUUUCUUGUGGAAUUGGAAUGCUGGAAUAUGUGGUUCCAGACUGUGACUGGGGUGGUGCCUAUAAAUCACUUGCCAUCAGAAUUUGAGAGGCUGUGUCUCCCACUUGGAGCUGAAUCAGCAGGAUGGGAGCUGAGGGAAAGGAACUCCUCUCUAACAUGUUUGUUCUGAUGAAAGGUGUUACACCACAAACAUUUUAGUCAGCUUGGUAGGUCAGAGACCUGCAUCAGAGCUCACAAAGACUUUGGUGUUUUUAAGAAGCAAACCACUUGCUAAUUUUUAUGUAAAGUAUUUAAAGUAUAUUUUAUACAUGUAAAAGCACUGAAAUAAACCAGAAUGACAAACA